GUAUCUGCUACGAUAAUAGCUCGAGAGUCAAGCAGAGAAUAAAUACUUGGACACAAAGCGGCAAUCGAAUUAUUAAUAAUUUUUGACGCCCGCGGCUAAUCUAAUAAUAUAAAUUCCCUAUUUUGAAGAAAGAGGAGCCGCACAGAUUCCUCCACGAUGGGCCGCGAACUUCAGAAGCGCAAGAGGCGCUCGUCCCGCCCCGCCACCCGACAACCCUCCUCGACAAGACCCAAGCUGAUGAACCCGCUGGGGAACAGCAUCAUAGCCCGAAACUGGAACAAAAAAGAAACAACAACACAGAACUAUCGCCGAUUGGGCCUCGUGUCCCGUCUGCGCGCACCUACAGGCGGCAUAGAGCCAAAACAUCGAUCCAGCACCAGCAGCACAUCCACAUCGAAGACCACGACACCCACAAACCCCUUCGCGAUUAACGGCGCAACAUCAGCGGCAGCAGAAGUAGAAGUAGAGCGGGAUGCCGACGGGAAGAUCAUCCGCGUGAUCAGCAAAGAGCGCAAGCGGGCCAACCCACUAAACGACCCCCUGGUAGAACUAGACACGGAUUCCGAGGCCGGGUCUGACGACGGAGAGGACGCCGAGGAGUGGGGCGGGUUCGAGGGCGAGCAGAACGAGAUCGUCCGACAGCUCGAGGAGGAGGCCAACCGACCGGUGGAGAAGAAGCCGCGGACGGUGAGUGCGCGCGAGGCCGAGUGGUUGCAGGCGCUCGUAGACCGUCACGGUGACGACACGACGGCUAUGGCGCGCGAUCAGAAGUUGAAUUCUAUGCAGCAGACUGCGGCGGACAUAGCGAAAAGGAUCCGGAAAUGGAAAGGGAACUCGAAGUAAUUUAAACCAGUCUACGCGCACUAGUAAAGGGGCAUCAUUCGAGUUUAACGCAUUGGGUGGGCGUCGGGGCGUUCAAAGAGGCUUCUUUUUUUCAAAUUCAAACAAUCCAAGUUCAGCGAGCCACAGAUACUAUUCUACAUCUUAUUGGUCGUAUUUGUGCUCUUCGCACACACGAUGUGACUGACUUCAUUCAGUCUCUAAUAUCCUUGUGCGCACUGACCGGGUCCCACAAGUCGUGAUUCAUAAAGUGU